CCACCGCCUCCCUCAAAACCCUAGGCCACAAAUAAAACUGCGCCUCGCUUAAACCCGCGAGCCCUCGCAGAUGUUCCGCCUGCCCCCCUCGUAGCUACCACCCCCGCUAGAGCCGCCGCCCCCACCUCGCCGGCGGCCAUGGCGACCCCGUCGCACGCGGCGGUGAAGUGCCUCAACACGUGCGCGUCCAGCCGCAAGCGCUUCUCGUUCAAGACCUUCUCGCAGCGGGUGGAGGAGAUCGACAUCGAUGUGUACCGCAGCCUACACGCUGUGAAGGCCGAGCCCUCCAGCGGCUCGUCCUUCUUCCUCGACGCCCUCAUGGAGUGGAGGGAGCUUAAUACUGCAGAGGAUUUUAUCUCAUUUUAUGAGGAGAUGAUACCAUUGGUACAGACCCUACCUCAAAUUGUAUUGCACCGUGAAAAGCUCUUUUCUGCGCUUCUACUGAGAGUGAACAUGAGUGCGAGAUUGUCCCUGGAGCCGAUACUCAUGUUGAUCACAGCUCUCUCCAGGGACAUUCUAGAAGAUUUUUUGCCCUUUCUAGGAAGACAUGCUAAUGGCAUUUUAGCUCUCCUUAAUGAUGGUGGUGAUCGUGAUCCUGAAGUCCUGGAACAGGUCUUCACAUCUUGGUCAUAUAUAAUGAUGUACUUGCAAAAAUAUCUUGUGAAAGAUAUUGUCCAAAUUCUAAGGAUCACAGCAGCGUUGAGAUACUUCCCAAAGGAUUAUGUUAGAGAAUUUAUGGCUGAAUCAGUUUCAUUUCUGCUGAGGAAUGCACCUAAUAAUCAGCUAACACAAGGUUUAAUGAAGUUUCUAUUUGAGGCUGCUAAAAAAUCAUCACCUGUACGGAUAGACGGGGUGAUAUCUUUGUUGUUGCAUGUCAUGAAAGGAACUUCUACAAAGCUCCACUCAAGAGCUGGGAAAGUCUUGAAGUUCUUGUUGAGCAAGUCAACUUUUACCACUAUCCAUGAUAAAUUCCCUACUGGGACUUCUACUAUUCAUGAGGUCAUGACGGGGCUGAUUCAAAGAUUAUGUGAUGAAGUGGAUCCAAAAGAAUUGCCGUUGAUAUAUACUUGUCUAUUUGAAGAAAUCAACGACUGCCUUAAGGAUGGCUGUUUGGAGCAUUUGAAGUGCUUGAUUGAUUUUCUUUCAUUUGCUUUACAUAAGAAACAAAGCAAUGUGUUCGAUAAGGUGAAGAUAAUUGAACUUGUUGAGUUGCUGGUUAGUAGAUAUGUGUUACCUGGUAACAACAUAGUAGAAGCUGCUUCAUCUGAGGUGCUGGGAAGUAUUUUGGACUUUCUGCUGUGUGUUCUGGAUGUUCCAAUCAUUUCUGGCAAUUUAUCAAUCGUAUCACCCUUUUAUGUCCCAGUGUUUGAACUAACGAAUCUGAGUGUGAUUGUCUUUAUAAAGAAACUUUUGGCAAAAGGUCCACAAAUUACACAAUAUUUUGAAAGCCAGAUAUUGAGUGCAAUGUGCAAUUUUCUUUCAAGUUCACCGGAAGAAGUUCUCUUUAUCCUUCUGAAUUUCUUUAAAGGAUCACAGAAGCAAAUAAUUCUUCAUAGCACUGAUGCAAACCAUCUGGAUUCAGUGGAGAAAGUGUGCAAGUUCUGUGAAUCGAAAUUCUCUUUCUGGAUAGAAUUCUUAGAUGAUACAGUCAACAUUUCCAAUCAAUCUAGUAAUCAGAUCAGUGAAAAGGAAGCUGCUAUACUGUGGGGAUCUAUUUGUUGCUAUCCUUACAUAAAUGGUGUACGUCAAGAUGGUUUGUCACUGUUGAAGAAGUUAAUCUGCAACUUCGAUCGGUUGCUUGAAGUGGGAGAAGAGAACGUGAAUGGUCUUCCAAUGACUACCUGGAGAGGUUUAAUUGGUGCAGCAUUGUCAUCAUACUGUGAACUUUUGCUGGUUAACACAAAUAUAAAUUCAGAAUUAAGUUUUUUCAUAUCGCUUGCCAAGAGUCACAGUACAUGCCCACAAGUACUGUCUGCUGUAGCCGAGUAUUUGGAUUCCCUACAAGCGGUAGCAUCCCUUGAAGUGACAAAAGAAUUUGAUCCACAAAAUCUCUUGGAUCUGUUCUCUAUCUUUGCUGUCAACUUGAGCAGUCCAAACAAGGAUGUCCGGAUUUUAACAUUGAGGAUUCUAUCAUAUUUUGUGAAAAUGGACCAACGUCUAGGCACAAAUGAAGAGAGACCACACAAGAGACAAAGAACAGAAGAUUCUGGAGAGGAAACAGCUAAAUACACUAAUGUUUUGGAUACCCUUCUGAGUGUUGAGUCAACUCCAAUUUCAGUAUCUACUAGCAGGAAAAUUGCUAUCUUCAUUUCUCGGAUACAAAUGAGUAUAUCUUCCAAGAUGGUUCAUGAUGAUUACAUAACUUCUCUCUUACAUGGUCUUAUUGGCAUAUUAUACAAUAGAUUUAGUGAUCUGUGGCCACCAACGCUGGAUUGUCUUGCUGUCCUUGUUAGAAAACACAAGGAGCUUGUGUGGAGUCAGUUUGUUCAGUUUGUUGCAAUUCACCAAUCAAAAGGUUUGACUGUGAAAAAUCUGGAGAAGCUGGAAGCUGCAACCCAACCACAGUCUAUUUUUGACUGCUUCAGCUUUUAUCUUGCUACGGACUUUGAUUGCACACCGGUUGAGACCAUGGCUACCUUGUUGCUUCAAUCCCUUCAAAGGAUUCCUGAUGUUGCUGAGUCCCGAUCUCGACAUCUUAUACCACUAUUUCUAAAAUUUAUGGGCUAUGAAUAUGAUGAUGGCAGCAUCUUUAGUGCUGAUUCAUAUAUGCCUGAAAAAUGUAAAGGCAAACAAUGGAAGGCGAUUCUAAAAGAAUGGUUGAACUUAUUGAAGUUAAUGCACAAUGCACGGUCGUUAUAUCAGAGCAAGGUUCUCCAGGAAGUACUAACUACAAGGGUUCUUGAUGACAGUGAUCCUGACAUACAAGCAAAAGCACUGGAUUGCCUAUUGAACUGGAAGGAUGAAUUCUUGACCCCAUAUAGUCAAAACAUUAAAAAUCUGAUUGACAUUAAAACUCUUCGUGAAGAGAUGACCACAUGGGCAGUUUCACAUGACUCCUUGUCAAUUCUGAAAGAUCAUAGAAGUCGUGUUGUUCCUCUGGUUAUCCGUGUGUUGACACCGAAAGUAAGGAAGUUGAAGCUACUUGGUUCUCGCAAGCACGCAGGUGUCAGUCAUCGAAAGGCAAUUCUUCGUUUCCUUUUGCAGUUUGAUUCAAAUGAACUUCAGCUCUUUUUCUCGUUACUUCUGAAGUCCUUGAUCCCUGGCAGCCUCCAGCUUAAAAUAUUUGGUUCUCAGUCUGACAACCCACUUGGAAAUGUCUCUGACAUUAUUGGAACUUCAACAGAAAUUUGUAUAGAGAACUUUACAUGGAAAAAGGCAAAUGGUUUUCUUCAUUUGGUCGAAGAAAUUUUUGGUACUUUUGAUAUGGCACACAUAAGUCCAUUCCUUAAUGUUUUAUUAAUCAUUGUUGCUCGUUUGCUGGAGAGUUGCAUGCGGAAUAUCAGAAGUGCUAGUGAUGGGAAAUAUGGUUGCAAUCAAUCAAAUGACCAUGAUGAUGGCGGCCUGGCAAAUGUUGAAGUGGGUAAUUCUGCAAAUAUGAAUGAAUGCCCUAAAGAAAUCCAUGGAGCAGACCAUACAGAGGCAAGUGUGUCGAUCAAGCAGUUGAAGCAGUUGGAGUUGAAGCAGUUGAAGGAGUUGAAGCAGUUGAAGGAUCUGAGGUCUUUGUGUAUUAAAAUUGUCUUCUCAGCACUUAGUCACUAUGAAAGUCAUGACUUUGGAGAAAACUUCUGGAAUAUUUUUUUCUCUUCAGUGAAACCUCUGGUUGACUGCUUCACACAAGAAGCUUCAAGUAGUGAGAAGCCAAGUUCAUUAUUUGCUUGCUUCAUGGCUAUGAGUCGGAGCCCAACAUUAGCACCACUACUGGAGUCAAAUAAUCUUGUACCAGCUAUUUUUUCUAUUUUAACUGUGAAGACAGCUUCGGGAUCCAUCACCUCUUAUGCACUUGAGUUCAUUGAGAAUCUAUUGAGGUUGGAUAUUGAUUUGGAGCAGCAAGAUGACAAUUCAGUGAAGAAAAUUCUUGUUCCACAUAUGGAUGUUCUUAUCCAUAGUCUCCAUGAUUUUGUUAAUCAUCGCAAAGAGCUUAACAGGAAAUCUGGUACAUGGCUUGGGCAACGUGAACUUAGAUUGUUCAAAUUAUUGCUAAAUUACAUCACAGACCCCUCAGCUGCAGAGAAUUUCAUAGACCUCAUUCUUCCUUUUUUCAGUAAGAAGGAUUUGAACUCUGAUGAGUGUUUGGAAGCACUACGUGUUGUGAGGGGAAUAGUUCCAAAUCUAAAAUGCAAGGUACCUGCAAAAGUUCUAAAUGCACUGAACCCAUUACUUGCGACUGUUGGAUUGGAACAGCGGCUAUGCAUCUGUGAUAUUUAUGAUGGGCUGUCAUUGCAUGAAUCUUCAAUGUCAUUUAUGGCUGGGUUAAUACGAGAUCUGAAUGCAGUUUCGACAUCAGAACUUGGUGAACUAGAUUAUGACACAAGACUUAAUGCCUAUGACAAGGUUAACCCACAGUUGUUUCUUGGCCUGACAGAAGAGCAUGUGGGCGCCAUACUAUCUCAUUGCGUGUAUGAUAUGUCAUCUGAAGAGUUGAUUUUUCGUCAAAGUGCAUCCAGGGCCCUGCAAGCUUUUCUGGAUUUUUCUGCCUCAGUUAUGAAUAAUGAUGAGUCCAAGUACUCUAUUGAAACUGCUGAUGUAUCUGGAGAGAACAACACCAGAAACAUUUGCACAAGGAACUGUAUUCAGAAGAUACUAGAAAAAACUUACCUGCACAAUAUGGGAGUAGCAAUGGCUAAAGAUGUAUCAAUUCAAAAGGAAUGGAUUAUUUUACUUCGGGAGAUGGUCUUCAAUUUUAAUCAUUUAGCAUCCUUAAGCUCAUUUAGGCCUCUCUGUAAAGAGGAUAUGGAAGAGGAUUUUUUCCACAACAUAACUCAUUUACAGGCAGGUAAAAGAUCAAAAGCAUUGUCACUUUUCAGACAGGGAAUCAAGGAAAACAACUUUUCGGAGGAUAUCACUAUGAAAGUGUUUGUUCCACUAUUUUUCAAUAUGUUUUCUGACGUAAAAGCUGGGAAGGGUGAACAAGUCAGAGAUGUAUGUUUGGAUACGCUAUCUGCUGUCGCCGCCAAUGUGCAAUGGGAGCACUAUAGAACAAUAUUGACGAGAUGCUUCCGAGAAUUGAGCCUUAAGCCUGAUAAGCAGAAGGUCAUAUUGAGGUUGAUUUGCUCAGUGUUAGACGCGUUCCACUUCAUGAAGCCUGCAAAAGAUGCCUUGGGAGAUUCUGAUGCAACAAGUGAAGAUACUGAUUCUUCAAUUACAUUCUCUUUAACUGCAGUCUCUUCUGAUAAGCAAAACUACCUUCGAAAGGUAGUGUUUCCACAGGUUCAAAAGUUGUUGGGGGCAGAUCCAGAGAGAGUUAAUGUCAACAUAAACCUGGUAGCACUGAAAAUACUUAAGUUGCUACCUGUGGAUUAUUUUGAGGCACAACUUUCGAGCAUCAUUCAUCGAAUCUGUAACUUCCUCAAGAAUCGUCUUGAAAGCAUACGUGAUGAAGCUAGGUCUGCUUUAGCUGCUUCUCUGAAGGAACUUGGGAUUGGGUAUUUGCAGUUUGUGGUCAAGAUAUUGAGAGCUAUACUGAAAAGGGGCUUUGAGUUACAUGUUCUGGGCUACACACUUCAUUAUUUGUUGUCAAAAAAUAUAACUGCUGAUAUGAAUGGUAGGCUUGACUACUGUUUGGAAGAUCUGUUGGCAGUUGUUCACAGUGAUUUAUUUGGAGAUGUUGCUGAACAAAAGGAAGUUGAAAAGAUUGCCUCCAAAAUGAAAGAGACAAAGAAGAGAAUGUCAUUUGAGACUCUUAAGCUGAUUGCUCAAAGUAUUACAUUUAGGCAACAUUUGCUGAAGAAGCUAAUCUCACCUGUUUCUUCACAUCUUCAGAAGCAACUUACUCCGAAGUUGAAAACACGACUUGAGAUGAUGCUGCACAAUAUAGCCUUAGGGAUUGAGUGCAAUCCAUCUACUGAAACAUCAAACUUAUUUACUGUUGUGUAUUGGCUUAUUAAGGAUACUACUACAGGAAGUGAGUCUGAAAGCAAAGAGAAUACACAAUCCGGUCCUGGUCGAGGGAGUUCUGUAGGAUUAAACUUCCCUGGCCUUGGUGAGAGUGGAUCACAAAAUUCUUAUAUACUUACCAAGUUUGCACUUGACUUGCUGCGUAAUCGUCUGAAGAGCAUCAAACUAGAUAAGGAAGAUGAGCAGCUCCUAAAGAUGUUGGAUCCCUUUGUAGACCUUUUGGGAGAAUGUCUGAAUUCCAAAUAUGAAAGUGUCCUCUCAGUUGCUUUUAGGUGUCUUGCCUUAUUGGUGAAGCUUCCUUUGCCAUCUCUCAGGGACAAUGCAAAUAUUAUAAAAAAUGUGCUUAUGGACAUUGCACAGAGAGCUGGAAACUCCAAUGGUCAUUUAGUCACAUCUUGUUUGAAGCUACUUGCUGAUCUACUUAGAGGAUUCAGGAUUUCACUUUCAGAUAAUCAGCUCCAGAUGCUUGUCCAUACUCCUAUGUUUGUUGAUCUUCAGACAAAUCCUUCCCCUGUUGCACUAUCACUUCUGAAGGCAAUAGUCAGGCGAAAGUUGGUUACCCAUGAAAUUUAUGAUAUUGUAGUUAAGAUAGGAGAGUUGAUGGUAACAACGCUAACUGAAUCUAUACGGCAGCAAUGCAUUCAAAUUCUGCUACAAUUUUUUCUGAACUACCCACUUUCUGAGAAGCGCUUACAGCAACAUAUUGACUUUUUCUUGGCGAACUUAAGCUACGAGCAUCCUUCAGGAAGAGAAGCUGUGCUUGAAAUGCUCCAUGACAUUCUUACAAGAUUUCCCCAGAGGAUUAUUGAUGAUCAGGGUCAAACUUUUUUUCUUCAUCUUGUGGUUGCUUUAGCGAAUGAACAGCAUCAGAAUGUGUCUUCAAUGAUCCUUAGAGCAAUCAAAAAGCUGUUAGAACGCAUUGGUGAUCAGGGAAAGAGCUACAUUUUUGAGUAUUCGCUUUCAUGGUACACUGGUGAAAAACAGAGUUUGUGGAGUGCUUCAGCUCAGGUCAUUGGUUUACUUGUUGACGAUCAUACAUUACGAACGGGCAAACACCUUAAAAGUAUUCUGGCUGUUGCUAAAAAAAUAAUGGAAUCAUCUGCUGUUGCUUCUGGAAUAUUACGAUCAGGCUUAUCUGAUGAAACUGUCCUGCCACUGUGGAAGGAGGCUUACCACUCUGUUGCCAUGAUGGAGAGGUUACUUCUUCGCUUUCCAGAGUUAUAUUUUGAGCAGAACAUGGAGGAAUUAUGGAUAAUAGUAUGCAAGUUGCUGAUCCAUCCUCAUUCGAUGUUGCGUAUUAUUUCAAGCUCUCUGGUAGCAUCGUAUUUUGCUACAGUUGAGAAGAGGAAACGUGAGCAGAAAUCGGUUGCUACAUCAUGGUUGCUAGUUCAACCAAGCAGGCUAUUCAUAAUCGCUGUUUCUUUCUUGAAACAACUGAGAACUGAACUUAGUGAUACUACAGCAAAUAAUCUGAUCGUACAGAAUCUUGCAUAUUCGAUCUGCAACCUGCAUAUGUCAAUUAGGCAAUCGACCUCGACACAUCAGUUUUGGUCUAGCGUUAGUUCUCAUCAUGGUGCCUUCCUUGAGGGUUUUGAAUUGCUUGGUUCAAGAAAAGUAAAGAACAUGUUUCUUCUUUGUACUUCAACAACUACUGAUGUAUCUGUAUCAAGCCUUGACAGUAGUGAAGAGCCUACAUCUUUGUUAGUUUCUUCAAUCCUAAAGAGGAUGGGUAAAAUUGCAAUGCAGAUGCAGGAUACACAGACAAAGAUCGUGUUCAAUUGCUUCCGCAUGAUUUCAUCAGCUCUUGGUUCUGAAGAAUCACUAGCCUAUGCUGAUCACUUCUUGGCUCCAUUGUAUAAAGUUUCUGAAGGAUUUUCUGGGAAAGUUGUUAGUGAUGAAGUCAAGCAACUGGCUGAGGGGGUGCGGGACAAGUUACGUGAUCUGAUUGGUUCCGAGAAAUUUGUUGAAGUCUACCAGAGUGUUAGGAAGGGCCUGAAAUAUAAGCGGGACAGUAGAAAGCAGGCGCAGAAGGUUAUUGCAGCCGUGGACCCGGAGCGGCAUGCCAAGCGAAAGCAGCGCAUGGCAGCCAAGCACCGGGAGCAUAAGAGGAGGAAGAUAAUGGCAAUGAAGAUGGGCAGGUGGAUGAGGUAGUUUUGCUACUCUUUGUAUCAGCCCUGCUGGAUCAGCGACGAAGGAAAUUUUGAAUUGUACAGUCUUCAUUUCUCGACUGCUAGUUCUUCGCUCGAGGAGUGCCAGCAGGAUUUUUUUCGUUUUUUAACGUGAGGCUGUGCCGUCCCAGUUUUUUUGGUGAGCUACUGAAUCCAAAGUGUAUGGCGUGUAAGUUAUAGAAGAGGCCAGGAUAAGAUGCGAUUUGUAGUGGAUUUCUGGGGAAUGAUAGGUUAUGUUAUAUUUAAAUGCUGCGAUUAGAUUAUUGGAGUGGUAUACUGACACGAGCGCAGAUUGAUGUCACCGAGUUGUCUUGCGCUAGAAACAAAUCAUACGUUUAUAAGUAAGCUACACACGAUAUGUUU